CGUACAUGACAUUCCACAUGUCUUCUGACGACUGUCCUCUACAUCUAAUCAUUCAAAGUGCGUGGUAUUACUCUAACCAAUACUGACAGCAGUCAAAGAGUGAGUUGAACUGAAUGUAGGAUCUCUGAAGAGGUGAACAUGACUGCUCGAGGAACACCGAGUCGUUUUUUACAAAGCGUUCUUCAAAACGGAGUGAGUCGUUAUGUUUGUCAGCUGAAGCGAAUAUCUCUGAUCUUCUCGAAGAAAGGCCAGGGCUCCUUAGGAGUCAGGGAUUUCAUCGAAGAAGGUGUAGUCGACUUUGCCAAGAAUAACUCAGGAACUGUGGUUUACAUCUCCCCUCAGUCCUGCAGGAUUCCAAAGAUAGUAGCGGAAUAUUUGAAUGGUAAUGUGAAGGAGGAGACAGUCACCAACAAAACAUCACAGGAAAUUGCAGAACUUAUAACCAAGCUGUCCAACCAGUCAGGACUGGACAUCAUCCGCAUUCGUAAACCCUUCCACACAGACAGUCCCAGUAUCCAGGGCCAGUGGCACCCCUUCACAAAUCGAACCCCCAGCAUCGAUCCAGUCGGCCCACAGACAAAAUAAGGACUUUGCAUUGUAUUUAUUUUUCUGACUAAUGUUCUGACAUAUAUUGAAGGAGCUCUGAAUUUCUGCUGCAGCACAAAAUCAACAUAAAUUUUCAGCAGUGACCUGUUAUUAGACUUUUAAAAUGAUACUUUUCUGUUUGAUUAAUUAUGACAGAUCAUUUGUGGCUUGAUAAAGUUUAUAUAACAACGAAAUUUUGCUUAAAUAAGAUUAAUUACUUUUCACAUUUAUGUUGGCCCCUUAUAAGAUGAGAAAUACAACGUUUCCUUUGGGAAAUAAAGUUUUGAACUGAAAAUAUGACUCCAUAUGCUUUUUUUCCUCACUUGUUUUGAAAUUUUUACUUAAAUACCCCUGCACUAAUAAAUCUUAAUAUCUCAGAAAACUACCCUGAUACUAAUACUACUUACUAUUAUAAUAACAAUAAAUAAUGCAUAAUUACAUGCAAGUAACCCUAACCCUAAUCCCAACCCUAACCAUAUAGUAAGUACAUGUAGUUAACUAAUAUUACUCAGUAAUUAAAUGUAUAAUUAUACCGUAACAAAGAUACCUUAAAAUAAAGUGUAACCAAAAUAAAAUAUUAAAAUCUUUUUUUUAAAUUUUAUUUCAGCUAGUUGCCAGGGUAACAUUUCUCAUUUGAUUUUAGUUUAACUUGUACUAAAACUGAAAUAAAAAUGAAUAAGAACUAUGUUUACAUGUUAAAAAAAUGAUUAAAAUUUGAAUAAAAUUAUAAUAGUACCUCAAUUAUAUUAAAAUCACACGGAAGGUAUUUCAUCUUUGUGAAAAAAAAAAACUGCUGUAACACAAAACAGAAAUUUUGGGUCUGGAAAAAAAAACAGGAAAUCAUAUUAUUGCAAGACUAUAACCACAUAUUUAUAUGUUUCAUAUUUUUGUGGGUUACCAAAUGUAAUAAUUUGAAAAUAAAUGAUCCCCUCCUUGGCUGAUUAUUAAUCUGGAUAUUAGGGCAGAAGUGUCCCCCUCAAUAUCUAUGUUGGUUACAAUCCUGUUGAUUAAAGCAGCUAAGAAACUGA